AACACGUCAUUUUUUUUAAUUAUUCGUUAGCAAUAUCUUCCGAUUCACGAAAUAAGUUUCAGACGUUCGGGUAAUUCUGUUUACACUACUGGCAACACACGAUAGCGCUGUCACAUUUGGCAAUCGGUCAUUUUCACUAUGUUUUCACUGAAAUAAAAUAAAUUUCCCUGACCCAAAGAGCAUAUAAUCACUACGUCAUCCUUGUCGAACGCGUGUUAAUAAUUGUUAUUUCCUGCUCGCUCAGUGUCAACAGUCGCAGUCUUUUCCAAACAUUUCACGUCUUAAGAUUGGUAAUUAAUGUUUUGUUAAGAAAAUGGUUGGCUGUUCUAUUCGGAACUGUAAGAGUAGGAGUGAAAAGGGCAGUAUAAUCGGAUUUUAUUCGUUUCCGAAAAAAGAAUCCGUAGCCAAUGAAUGGCUUCGCUAUUGUGGACUGAAAACAACAUGUAAAAAUGGCAGAGUUUGUUCAAAACAUUUCACGAGUUCUGAUUAUAUCAAGUCAUUGCGGCACAUUCUAAUGAAAGAAUCGCCGAGGACAGUAAGGAAAUUAAAACCAGACGCGAUACCUACAUUACAUAUUGAUAGUAUAGAAAAAUCAAACUCAACUGACUUGACAGCUAAGUCUACCGUAUGUACGGGGGGACAGACAGACAACUGUGAAUCAAAAGAAAAUUAUAAUAUGCCAGCUCCUUCAUGCAAUAUUAAUUCAAAAGCUGAAGUACAUAUAAAAUCUGAAAGUGAUACAACGGAUCCUUCAUGCAAUAUUAAUUUAAAAGCUGAAGUACAUAUAAAAUCUGAAAGUGAUACAACGGAUCCUUCAUGCAAUAUUAAUUCAAAAGCUGAAGUACAUAUAAAAUCUGAAAGUGAUACAACGGAUCCUUCAUGCAAUAUUAAUUCAAAAGCUGAAGUACAUAUAAAAUCUGAAAGUGAUACAACGGAUCCUUCAUGCAAUAUUAAUUUAAAAGCUGAAGUACAUAUAAAAUCUGAAAGUGAUACAACGGAUAUAACACCAGCCAACAAUGUUGAGGGCUCUUCAAACGUUGUUGAGGGCUCUUCAAAUGUUGUUGAGGGCUCUUCAAACGAUGUUGAGGAAAGCGAUAAGAAGAUUACAGUGUCAGAGGUUGAAUACAAGCUACUUAAAAGGAAAGUAGAUGAAUAUGAGAUUCUCAAAAAUAAUCUCAAGCAAAUUUUUACCUCAGGACAAAUUCGAUGUCUCACAAAACCUGAUAGACAACGUGUCAAAUGGUCAGCUGAAGAUAUUGCUGCGGCUAUAUCUCUAAGAAGUAUCAGUCCAAAGGGAUAUCAACAUUUGAGGGAUACUGUAGGGAUUCCUUUACCAGCUUCUUCAACUUUGUGCAAAUGGGCUUCAAAAUUUGACAUUAAGUCGGAGGCGGAGUAUAUUUUUAUACCAUGCGACCAGGCGGACUCCCUGGAGUGAGAGCACCGUGAGCGCCGUUCAUUGACGUCAUCAAUGACGUCGCGAUAUCUCAUGUAAGCUGUGACCGUGAAUGGAUCCGAUCGUGAGCAUGCUGUGAGCGUUGUGAGCGUGACUCGGAACACAGCCUAGGACACACGUCAAACGUCAAAAUUGAAGUGGUAUCCAGACGGGACUGAUCCAAGGCCCUAAUGUUGUCUGUUCUCUUUGAUGGUGCAGCAACUAGUAUCACUUCUCUCUCCUCGCUCUUUUGAAAAUGCCGUUUGUCAAAAAAGGACAACCAUACUGUUGACAGGAUGAACUUCAAAUCAAGGUGUUGCAGUUUUUGGUGGAUUCAAGCUGUGUAAAUGUGCUCUUUCAGGGAUGUGCAGGGAAAUAGCAAUGAAUUGAAGCUUUGAUAUCUUCCUUAAAAAUAAACAUAAUUGAAAUGCUAAUGGAUAAUGAAUAUAUUAGAAUAAUUCAACUAUUGCGGAACACAUAUUUUAGUAGGUAUUUUAGUAUGUAUUGUAAUUAAAAAUCUGAACUUUCCCUUCAUUCCCUGCUGGGGCAUAACGAUAAAAUCACAAAUUGGUAUUCUUGAGUCUGCACCUCAUUUUAUCGGUAAUAUCGGUCAUUAUUGGCGGCGUCCUGAUUCGAUCGGGCAAUUUAAUCAGAUUGGCGAAAAAUUGACUAGUCUGGAUACGCCUUCAGUCAAGCAACGUGAGUGGAAACUAAUGGUGCUGUACGCCAAUUCUAAGACAGUCCUUUGACAAACUAUUAUAGUUACUUGUAUAAUUGUAAAAGAAAAUGUAAAAAUGUAUGUGUCAGGAACUCGGGAAUAAAGGCUAUUUCAUAUUAUAGUCUUACCUGUAUUGGACGUUGGUAAUGUAGCCUGCUGUGUUGCUUCAUUAGCAUGUUGCAAAUUUAGCAAUAGUCGCUAAGAGGGAGAGGUGUUCAAAAUGAUCUUGACGCGACUUUAUUGUAAAGAGAAUAAGAGCGCGUCAAGGUAAUUUUCACCCCUUUCUCAGCAACCAUCUAUGGACUGCCGCCCCUAACAUCUUGCCACUCUAGGGCCAGGCCUACUGGGUCUCAGAGCAAAUCUGCCACUGUGUGUACCAAAUGAAAAAUAAUCCUAUGGAUUCAUACCUGGUAAGAACAGUGUAGGCACUGCUAUUCUAUUUAACCGGUUGUUGCGGUUUUUGUCAGCAUCCUGGAAAUGUUUAUCACAUAUGAUCUUAGCCCUGUAGUGUUUAUAAUCUGAUGAU